AUGGGAUCAAAAGCGAGAUUCAAUAAGCCAGAAUCUACUAUACAUAGAGUAAAGUAUAGAGCUCUCAACCCGCCUAAUGAUGAUCUCAUUGGCAAGAUUCGGUUUUACACAAUGAAACUAAAACCACUACCUUCAUCUUCUACUUCGGAAGUACCAGAUGCUAUGCCUAUGCUACCUGGUAAGAAAAAUGAAGCUGCUCAAGCUCAAGAAUCGCAACAGCAAUCUACACCACACCAACAGGCACAGCAGCAGCAACUGUCGCAACAACAACCAUCGCAACCAUCACCAACGCUGCAACUAUUACAACAACUACCACCAUUUCCUCAACCAUCAGAACAAAUAGUUUUGCAGCAGCAGCAACCGUCGCAACAACAAUCACCGCAACCAUUACCAACGCUGCAAUUAUUACAACAACUACCACCAUUUCCUCAACCAUCAGAACAAAUAGUUGUUAAUACUUCAACAGUAGCAGCAGCAACCGUCGCAACAACAAUCACCGCAACCAUCGCCAACGCUGCAACUAUUACAACAACUACCACCAUUUCCUCAACCAUCAGAACAAAUA